CAAACAGUAGUAUUGCGUGACAUGCGAAAUUGGCUGCCGUGCUCGAGAGUUGCACCAGAUCAAAACGUCUUUGAAAGUGACGAUUAUUAAGGAAGAAGCAAUACUGGUUUAAUCAUGCCCAACGAAAAGGAUUUCGCUUCCCUGUUCCAGACUGUUGAUGAACAUCCUGAACCAAUCAAUGCAGAGGUAAAGGGUAACCUCCCUUCCUGGCUGAGGGGAACCUUACUCAGAAAUGGACCAGGUAAAUUCGAGUGCGGCGACACUUCGUUUAAGCACCUGUUUGAUGCCCAAGCACUUCUCCACCGUUUCCACAUAGAAGAUGGUCAUGUGACCUACAGCAACAGGUUCAUAAGAAGUGAAAGCUACGCCGAUUCUCUAAAACGCGGGGACUCCAUUCAUAUGCAGUUCGGCACUUUUAUACCCCCAGACCCGUGCCAGAACAUCUUCUCCCGUUUGUUCUCGUGGUUUUGGAAAGAGGAAAUCGGCAGGGAUAACACUCUUGUCAAUGUGUUUCCUAUCAAAGGCAAGACUUACGCAGCGACCGAGACAAACUUCAUCUAUGAGAUCGAUCCCAAAACCUUGGAAACUUUGAAGAGGGUCGACCUCCUAAAGGAGUUUCCAGCUGACGUAAAGAUCAAUUCUGCGACAGCCCAUCCUCACGUAACCCCAGACAAAUCAGUGAUCAACAUCUCCGCCACGUAUGGUCGAACUUCCACCUACAACAUUCUUCAAAUACCACCAUCCUCUGAAAAACCAGACGAGCGUCCUUUGGAAGGAGGUAAGGUCCUUUGUUCCAUCCCAGCCACAAAUGGGCUCGGCUACAUGCACAGUUUCUGCAUCACAGAAAAUUAUUUCAUAAUUACCGAACAGCCACUCGUUCUGGAUUUAUGGCGGGCUAUAACCCACAGGUUUUCUGGAUCUUGUCCUGCGGACUUUCUAUGCUGGGAUCCAGACAGACUCACCAAGUUUCACGUGGUCGACAGAGAAAGUGGAACGCGUGUUGGUGUCUUCACAGCGGAUCCAUUUUUGGUGUUUCACCACAUCAACGCGUUCGAAAAAGACGGCAAGAUUUUUUUGGACGGUUGUUGCUUUCACGACGACUCAAUUAUUCGUCAAGUGUAUCUUAUUAACCUGCGUUCCACCAAUCAAGAAGAACAAAAGAAGUAUGACAUCGCUGAGGUUCGCCGGUACGAGCUACCACUGAAAGAGCUUGGAAACGAGGAGGUAGAAAAACCUCUCCCCAAAGGAGCUGACGGACUGGACUACACUUUGCUGUAUACUGGAUUGGAACUACCGCAAUUUAAUUACGCAGAGAAAAACGGCAAGCCAUACAAGAUUGUCUAUGGCUUGUUACCAAAUCCAGAUGAUCCAUUUGGUCAACUGGGGAAACUGAAUGUUGAGACGAAGGAAAUCCUUAAGUGGGAGGAGCCUGGGAGUCAACCUUCGGAACCUGUGUUUGUUAAAGCUCCUGAUGGGAAGGACGAAGAUGACGGUGUGGUGCUGUCAUGCGUCAUAAACGUCUCUGACCAGACCACCUCUCUGCUGGUGUUGGACGCGAAAGAUUUUAAAGAGCUGGGUCGUGCUGUGGCCAAAGUGGUGUCUCCAAUGUCAUUCCAUGGAAUUUUUCAGCAUGAACAAGGACUAUAACUACUGGACUGAAUUUUUUUCCCUCCAAGAUGAUUCUCUCUUGUACUAGAUGGAAAAAAAACUUUACAUAUAGAUUUUUGAGAAAUGACAGAGUUUAAAUAUGCGAAAUCUGUCUGUGAUAUGAUCUGAAGCGUAAUACUGCAGAUAUAUUUCUAAUUUUUUUAUGGGGUGAGUUUAUUAAACUAAUCCCAGCUCCAGCCAUGAGUCCUGGAAGGUUCUCUCGAUGGAAAUUUAGAUCGAAAAUCAGGUAUUGAAAGUCACACGUGCGAUUUCUUUAAUCAAAUCAAUCUCUAAGGGUUAUCGUUAAUUGUUGUCAAAUAACGUGCAAAAAAACUAUACAAGAACAAAGACAACAAGGUCGUAACAAGAACAAUAUCAAUGAUCAUUACCUUCCAUAAUUUUAGAGGUGGCCCACCGAUAGCUAAUGCUAAUUUUGAAGGGCUGGGCUACUUUUAUUAAAAGUUAC